UGAGCCGCAUUAUGAUCAAAUUUCUUCCCAUAUCAAACCGAGCCAACCAACAUACACACGACCACGUCGUCGUGUCGAUACAUAUACUGGAUGGUGGACCAACAGAGCCAACAGCCCUUGGAAGGCCAAGGCCGAGAUGCCUGCGGUGGAAACGAGGUCAAUGCCCGAAGUGGGGAAUUCACUUUCAACUGCCCCUCGAUGACUGACUUGAGGGCGACAGACGGUCUUCCCUUGGGAGCUAAUUCUCAGGCUGAGUCUGCGGCCAGGUCGGCCUCUUCAGUAGAACAUGCCUCAUCAGCGACGUCGAGUUUUAUCCAGGUCGAGGAUUGGGACGAUUCGGCUUCUUUGACCGACAGUGUGCAGACGUUUCCUGAAGAGUUUGGCCGUACCUAUCAUGCUUAUCGUGCUGGAUCAUAUCUGUUCCCUAAUGACAAUACAGAGCAAGAGAGACUCGGAAUUAUGGGCGAGUGCUAUAAGAUGAUUAUGAAAGGCAAGCUGUACCUGGCACCGCUCUCUACUAGAAGGCCACCAAAGAAUAUUCUCGAUGUCGCCACUGGGAUAGGCGACUGGGCUAUCCAGAUGGGUGACAUCUUCCCCAACGCCACAAUUAUCGGCACAGACCUAUCUCCCAUUCAACCAAACGACGUGCCUCCGAAUGUCUACUUCUACGUCGAGGACUCAAGCGACGAGUGGAUGUUCAAUCAGAAGUUUGACUAUAUUCACACGCGUAGCACUUCUGGAUGUUGGUCGGAUUUUGAGACGCAGAUAGCCCAGCAAGCCUUCAAUGCGCUUGAGCCCGGCGGCUGGUUUGAGUCGCAAGAGACGGACUGCAUUCCCCUGUGCGACGACGACACCCUUGAUCCUCAAGGCCCAGUUGCGACAUGGUGCAAUGACUUGAUAGCGGCGGCGGAUAAGCUAGAGCGCCCGGCCAUCUUUGGCAAGAAUCUCAAAGAGAUCUACAAGCGGGUUGGCUUUGUGGAUGUCCACGAACGUAUUAUCAAGAUGCCUAUCAACGGCUGGGCCAAGGACCCACGGCUCAAGCAAGUGGGAUGGAUGUGGGCUGAUCACAUGCUCGAUGGACUAUCUGGGUUCUCUUAUCAGCUUUUGAAUAAGGCCUUUGAACGGACCAGUGCUCAGAUUGAGGUGUCUCUAAUCGAUGUUCGGCGAGAUCUGAUGAACCCGCGCAUUCAUGCCUAUAUGCCUCUUUAUGUCGUCUGGGGAAGGAAGCCGAAGAAAUGAAUUAUAAAAUGCAAAGUGGAUAAGGUUAUUUCAGGCGUUUGAGUCUCGUUUCUCUCGGCGACACUGGAGUUUGCGUAUCAGUUGUGUUCAGUCUGGAUCUAUAAGUAUUUAGGUACCGCCACUGCUAAAUUGAUGCUGAAAAGAUGUUUUUAUACCCGCACGGAAGAGCCCUAUUUAACAUCGUUAAGAAUAAUAUCUAAAUUUAU